GCAAUGAAUUGUGGGAAAUGAGAACCUAGAUAUGCGAAGCCAGAAACGUCCAGAACACUUCAAUGUUUCUCUCUGUUACUAGAGUCGGAGCAUUUACACUAUUCUCUGUGGCGGUUUAAACUAAAGUCCUGAAAACAUAUUAUAAGAAAUUGUCGUUUUGACAACAGUAUUUCAGUUUCCCAUCUGUUUCCAGCCUCCGUCGUCGACGCUCUGAAGAUUUAUCUCCCUCGUGUAAAGGCUCUGGGUCGUAUUAGUAAAGUGGAGCAAUUCUCCCACCUACCGGAGGAGUUGCGCGACAAGACUGGAUUUAGCACAGCCUCGUCAGGAGAAAUACCUGGAGAGAGAGCUCGCCCACCGGCUCACUGAGGUCAGCAUUAGUUAGAGGCGACAUUAAGGAUGAGUGGUGUCAUGAAUUUCAAAAACUGCGGCUCUGUGCUGGUAACGGGAGCCAGCCGCGGACUCGGGCUGCAUAUCGUCGAUACACUGGCGAGUGGAGGCUUCUCACCGGGCAAGAUUAUAGCCACGACCAGAAACCCCGAGAGCGCGCAGAAACUUCAGGAACUGGCAGACAAACAUCCCAACAUCCAUAUAAUUACUUUGGAUGUAGUGAGCCAGGAGAGCAUAGAGAAAUGUGCAGAAGAGGUGGGCCAGCUGGUACAAGAGGACGGUCUGAACUGCCUAAUAAACAAUGCAGGGAUCAAUGUGGUGGCUGACUUUCGUUCUGUUACUGCAGAGAAGAUGAUAGAAAACUUCCACACCAAUGCUGUGGCUCCUCUAAUGAUCACCAAGGCCCUCUUGCCUCUGUUAAAGCGAGCUGCGUCCAGAGGAGAAGCAGGUGGCUCAGGGAGAAUGGGCAUCCAGAGGGCAGCAGUUAUUAACAUGACCUCCCUACUGGGCUCUGUGGAGCUCAACUGGGGGGAGAGAGCAAACAACUUCAAAUGGUACCCCUACAGGACUUCAAAGAGUGCCCUAAAUAUGGUGAGUCGCUGUAUGGCUGUAGACCUGGAGCCUGAUGGGAUUCUCUGUAUGGUUAUACACCCAGGCUGGGUUCGCACUGACAUGGGGGGAUCAGAGGCCCCAUUGAGUCCAGAGGAGAGUGUUUCCUCUAUCUUGUCUGUGAUUGGUGGACUGACUGAGAAGGAUCAUGGGUCGUUUCUGAACUAUACGGGAGAGGUGCUUCCCUGGUAAUCCCAUCAUCACAGUGUUGAGUAGGAUGAGCACCAUAAACCUAUGGCUAUUUAGUCAUGAUCAUCUUUGACUAUGCAAAAAUGAAGGUAUCAGUGGUUCAGAGUGCACAGUGUUAUUUCUUAAUCUAUUUCUAUCUGCAAGAUGAAACUGUGUGUAUUUCAUCUAAAUACAACUUAAUUAUAAGAGAGUAGUAAUGUUCAAUUAGUUGUAAAGAGGUGACUUUAAAGGACCAGUGUGUUUACAACCAACUGAAUACCCCUCCCGUCACCCCUCCCUUUCCAAGUGUGUAGGAAAAACAUGUAGAUAUGAAGGGCUCCUUUGACAUGUUCAUAUGCAGAUGGGUGGGGUGUGCAGCGCAGCUAGUCUUUUAGACUACUUAAUGUACAGAGCAUACAGUAUGCUACAGCUAAGCUGUGUUAAAAUGUAAAUUAAAAAAAAAGUUGAAAGUUGAAAUUUGAAAUUGUCAUGUUAAAUACAACCCUGCAGUUCUAAAACAA